CAUCAGCCUACCCACGGGGUCUGUACGGAGAACCUUUGAACACAAGCUUGAAGAACUUCCCAAACACCCCCCGCAACAGUCUCAUCAUGAACAACAACAUGAAGAACAAGCUGAACAACGAGAACAUGGACAAUCUGAGGAUCGACCGCAACACCCUGGACGAGUUCCUCAAGAUUGAGAGAGAGAUUGCUCAGGUUGAGAGCAACAACCCCAUGCAACCCCUGGAGCUGAAGACUGACCAGCUGGUCAGACUAAACCAGGAGAUAGAUCAGCUGGAGGAGCACAUCAGAGACCUGGAGAAGGAGAGUUCCAAGUUCGGGGAGAAAAUGGUGGACGCUGUAGAAACCCGGCAGUUCUUCAUUGAAAAUGGGAUACAGGAAGACCCGCUGACGCCAGAACAGGAGAAGUACCUGGAUACAGCCAAUAAGAAGGAGAUCGCAGCCCAGGAGCUGGAGGCCCACAAGAAGCAAAGGGAUCAGGUGUCCAAGGAGAUCGCUGAACUGGAGACUAAAGCUAAUCAUCUCCAUGAACUCUACAAGCGGCAUGAUAACCUCUUAGACCGGAUGUUCGGAGACCAGUACGGGUCUGAGCUGGAGAAUCAGCUAGAGGCGGAGCUAGACGACCUGGAGGCCCACCGAGGCCGGAUAAUGGAGGCCAACUUCAAGUGGAGGCAGGCGCAGAUGAUGUUGGAGUACGCCUGUAAACAACUGGCUAUUGCAGUCCAGAAGUGGCAGGACCUGCCUGCACUACCCACCAUAGACCUGGAGAUCAGAUACAGCGUUGCAGCGGAAACGAGGAACAACCUGGUAGCUGCCAGCCAGAACAUCCAGGGGGCUCAGAGGUACCUGGACAACGUUAACUUCCCUUACUGCGCCCCCAGCGAGGUAGACACGCUCAACAAGCCUGGUGACAACGCUGGUGACAAGCCUGUUGACAAGCCUGGUGACAAGCCUGGUGAUAAGGCUGGUGACAAGCCUGGCAUUGUGGAAAUCCUUCAGGGAGGUGAGGGAAGCGGGUGGCCACCCCCUGAGCAUGUCCGUAAGAGGCGCAGCAGCGCACCCAGUGGUGACCCCAGCAAUCAGAACUACCCAGGAGGCCUUGGUCAGGUGGUACAGGUGGCAUCUGUCUCAAAUUGUGCCUAA